AGAUUCCGGCAUCUACCGUCUCUGACGUCACCAAUGGUACAGCGGAUUGGGUUACAGAAAAACUCUGCGCAUGCAUAGUUUGGGGCGAGAGUUCGGCCGUGCUCGGUUCCGCUCGGCUCCUCUCGUGGUUGUCCUCAUCCGAGCUCCCGUAUUACCCGGCGUGCAGCUUGAGGCAAGAUGGAGGAGCCGAGUGGCUGAGGGAUGUUGACAAACUAGAGACUGAAUCGGGCCUUAAAUCCUGGGAGCGGCGAUGCGAGGAGUGUGUUAUCAAUCUGGCUUUGAAUAAUUUUAGACCUACAUCAUGAGCAUUGUUCACGACAAAUUGGGUAACGAAUUCCUCAGGAACGGUGGGAUGGAACCAAAUUUUUCUUCUGGCAUGAUCAUGUUCAGUCACCUCCCACCAAUCACAAAUUUUUCCAGCCUCGCUGCUCAUUCUGUCACACCAACUGUACCUCAGGAUUUGAUCCUCAAAAAAGAUCCUGACGCUCCGGCAGAAAAAUACCCAUCAGAAUACGUGCAACCCAUCUCAGAUGUGAAAGAGAAGAAGUUUUCUGCGCAUGAUGGAUUUUUAUUUUUUAAGAAUAAGCUUCUCGAGGAAGAGGAGAUGGGCAGGGGGCAGAGCAUCUUGACCCACAACCUAAAUCAUACUGGUGUAUCACAGGUCAGAUAUGAAAAAGAUUACCUCUCUGUUCCAAAACAAGGAUCUGUUAAGAGGGCAAAAAAACAAAAUUCCCAAUCUCAGGAUACAAAACCCAAGCGGAAGCGAAGUGAAACCUCCAAGCCUUCAGCAGUUGGAGAUGGUACCAAUCUUUUACAUGGUCCGAAGGUUCACAUAUGUGAGCAUUGCUGUGCCUCCUUUCGUAGUUCUUACCACCUUCGUCGCCAUGUCCUUAUUCAUACUGGUGAACGGCCUUUUCAAUGUAGCCAGUGCAAUAUGUGUUUCAUUCAGAAGUAUCUCCUUCAGAGGCAUGAGAAGAUCCACAGUGGAGAGAAGCCGUUCUGUUGUGAUCAGUGUAAUAUGAGAUUCAUCCAGAAAUAUCACAUGGAAAGACAUAAACGGACGCACAGUGGAGAAAAGCCUUAUCAGUGCCUCACUUGCCAACAGUAUUUUUCCAGAACAGAUAGGUUAUUAAAGCACAGGCGUACAUGUGGUGAAAUCCUUGGAAAAAGUGAAAAUGGAAUGGAACCUGGACCAUCCGGUCAAAUUGGAAAUGGAUGUUUCACUUCAACUCAGGGAACGACAGGAGCACGCAAAAAAGCAAAAUCUAAAGCUACAUCUCAGGAGACCAAGGACAAGGCAGUCCGUAAAAAGAAUAAAUCUAACAUGUCUGAACUGCAAAGUAGCUUAACCAGCUGCAAAGAUAAAUUGUCAGUGUAUAACAUGCAUGAAUAUGCUGUUGAAUUGCCAAUGGGGUCCUCCAGUAUAAAGUUGGGAAAUGCAAAUGAAGAGGAUUUACAAACAAGAGCACCUAAGUUGGUAAUUAAAAAAGUAAAUCGGAAGAGCCCUCAAAGGACAGGUAUGAACAAUGCAGCACAUCUUGUUAUACCUACCACGGAGCUGAUGAGACAAAAGUUAAUGACUAAUAAACAAGGACCUGUAGAAUUGAACAGCAGCACCAGCAUAGAUAAUAUUGUCUUGUUGCAGAAUGCAGGCAAUAAAACAGAACAGGCUAAUAACUGCAACUAUGACGAUGCUAUGCAGUUUUUUAAGAAAAAAAGAUACUUGCAAGCUGCCUCCAAUAACAAUGACUAUGCAGUGAGUAUAGGACAAAUGGCAUCUCAGCAGUCUGUAAUCCAGGCAGCAGUUGCCAGUGUGAUGGAUAAUGAAAACUCGCUUACUUUGCUGGAUUCUUCAAUGAAUGUGGAUGUGAAAGUCUGUCAAGAGAAGUCUGGAAUUCCAGAUGAAGUCCUUCAGAGCCUUUUAGACCAAUAUUCUCACAAACAUGAGGGCCAGCAUGAUGUUCCUUUUGAUAUUGCUGACCAACAUAUACCAAUCCAUUCUUCGGGCGAAAAUCCAGAGAUGCAUGAGGAGGCUGUUUGCCCAGAGUCACAUCCAUCACGUAGUGACAAAACAGGAAUGCUCCAAGAAUAUUCUAAGUACCUCCAGCAAGCUUUAGAAAGAACAAGUCAAGGCGAUGGGUUUUCACUAACCCCAGGAAUGCAGUUUUGUUCUACUAGUCUUCCAUCAAGUCUACCCAGCCAUAAUUUAUUCCCUGAUAAACAAGCUUACACCACCCCUGCACUUGAGUGUGGUUUCAGUCCAUCUAUUACCUCAGUGUUGCCAACCACGUCACCAAAACCACAUUUUGGUUUGUUGGUCGGAAGUUCCCAACCUGGUAUUCACUUUCCCAGUACAGAAACUGCUCAUCAAAGGCUGACACCAUCUCAAGAGUUGGUUGGGCAGUUGGAACAACAAAAGAACUUGGAAGGUAGUCUGAAUCAUCAGGUCUAUCAGAUUGAGAAUUUUGCCCAGGCAUUUGGUUCUCAGUUCAAGUCGGGCGGUAGAGUGCCAAUGACCUUCAGCAGUGGCACCAGUGAAGAAGCAGGCCAUCGAAUAAGGACUACAGUUUCUGAAUUCUCAGGGUACACUAAUUUGUUGUCUGAUGCUAAUGAGCCAAUUAGUACGGGAGCCAAGACUCCAACCAGCCAAAGUUACCGGUAAGGUCAAAAGAAUGACCAGGCUGGAGGGCCUUGAGUGCUUGAUACCAUGUUUUUAAUCAUGUGUAAGCACAUUGUCAGUCCAAAUGUUUAUAUAUCAGGUUCUGAGAAAGAAAAUGUAAAAUUAAAGAAGCCCUUCCAAUGCAACAUUUUACCAUUUUGUUUGGUGCAUUCAGUCUGUAAUGUUAGAACAGUUUGUAUUAGGAACAAAUUUUAAACAGUGGAUAGACAGAAAUUUAACUAAGUCUCAAUUCUUUUUUUCUCAGUGGAUUGAAAAAUAGCAAAAUAGCAUGACUGGGAUGGGGUUAAAUGUUUUUGUGGGAUUUGUUUUUUUAAUUCAGCUGUACCAUUAAUGGAAGAAGUGUAGCUGUUAAAACAUCAGGGAAAUAUUCAACAUACAAUAUUGAAAAAUAGAGACAUCAUUUCUAUUGAGCUGUGGCUCUUGUUUAUAGUGCAACUCAGGAAACAUGAUGCAGUAAGGGGAGAUUUCUAUUGAAUCAAAUUCCACAAGCACUAAUUUGAAAGGGGCGCAGAACUUUGUUAGAAAAAUUGCAAUGUUCAUCAGUGCAUUCAAGCAUUUGGUCCCUGACAACAGCUUUGAAGCCACAAGGCAUCAGCCUCAUUGACCCAAAAGGAACUAAUAUUUGACCAAUUUCAUUUCAGUAUAGUAAUUUUUAAAAAGUGAAAAAAAAAUUUAAAAAUUAGGUAGAGCAACACUUUGUUUACCUCAUUCUACAUUUUAAAAGCCGUGAAUAGGCAGGUACCAAUGCAAGUAUCAGUAGUAAAAGUAGCAUGAAUCAGCGUUGCGUAAAUAUAAUAAUUCCUGUUGGAUGCUAUUGUUAAGGUUAGCGAUGUUUACAGGGAAAAAGAUAACUUUUGUUGUUUUAGAAAAUUGUAAAGUACAGGGUGAAAGGAUGAACCACAGUUCUGUACAGUGAAAUCUGCAAAGUAUAUUGAGAAGUUCGGUAUGCUAGAUCAUAAUGUCCUUUAUACAUUUCAUAGUGUUGCAAAAGCAUAGUGUUAUAAUUCAGAUUUGCCCAUCAGUUUGAUAGGUAACCUGUUAAUAUAAUAGCCAUUAAAAGUGUGUGGUAAUUUGCUGCUUUGUUUUGUGUUAUAAGACCUUGGAAAAACAAAAAAAGGUCACAACUUUCAAAUCUAGUUAAGCCGACAAAUGCCUGUUGGCCCAGUUGUACAUAUUCAGAGUAAUUUUACUUUGAUCUUGUAUUCCAUCCUAAAUUCCUGAGGCCAUAGAUGAUUACAGUACAUAAGCUUCAUUAUUUAUAAUUCAUAAAUAGUUCGUGUAGUUUCAGGAAGUCAUCUUGUAAAGUUGCUAACAAUUAUACUGUAUGUUUGGAGAAUUUUUUUAAACUCUGUUUCAAGGGUCAAUUAGGAAAUCUCCCAUAUCCAGGAAGAAUAUAUGAAAUCCUUGGUAAACUCUGGUUGUGGUUUGUCUGUCAAGAACAUUUCCUCAGGAUUUUCAACAUAGAAGAGAUCAGAUGAUGCAUUGAUCAGAAAUUACCUCUCUCAACAUGAUGAAGAUUACUCUUGGUCUUUCACCACAAUCUGCUCACUGAGCCUAAUUCCAUGACAUUUCACCAUUAAGCAAGUUUUAAUUUUUUUUUAAACAAAUGUAGACUGAACAAGUUAUAUAGGUUACCACCAUUUAUAAUUAAGUCAACACCCCACCUACUGUAAGUUUUGCUGACGAAUUGGCCUAACGUUAUUUGAGAUGGUCUUUUAAAGAACACAUGAAGGAAGAGUUUUGUCAUGUACCCAGUGUGAUGAAAUGAGAUUUUUAAACUGUUAAAAUUAGAGCAUUGUCGGACUUCAAAUUUGCACACACAUUAGGUUUAUAUGAAGGAAGCCCACUUAGAUGAAACCUACCAUUUUUACAGUGAUUUUAUCUUGAACACUCUUAUUGGUAGCCCAUUGCAUUUAUCUAAAAUUGCUUUCUAUUUCUAUUUUUUGAUUUCUGAUAUGUUAUUUAAGUGAUCUCACAAGGCUUAAGACCUCUAUAUGAUCACCUUAUCCUAAAAACAUCUUAUGGCACUGUUUAAUGACAACUGAUAAUGGUUCUCCACUUUAAAGCAUUAAUUUUUAAUGUUCGUUCUGGGAUGGUGACUAGAUCCAAUUUUUAUCUUUAAAAUAUAGCAUAUUCAUUCUUUACAGAAUUCUCUGAUUUGUAACCUUCAGUAGUUGCUGCUGUCAGAAUUUGACGGUGCAUCUGCUGAAGGUGGGAGGCAACAUAAGAAAAAAAACUACGCAAGUCCCUCUGUUUAACUGAGCAUCGGUCUGGGCAAAGAUUGCAUACACUUUAAAGUUUUCUUUAUCUUCCAUGAUGCUUCAAUCAGAAAAUCUUUCUGAGCAGGAUGCUGAACCUAUUUUACUGUUGUUGUCCAUGGUCUUCAUUUGAAAACCCCAGCUAAAUUCUGAGUAAGUGAAGUAAAGAAGGU